CUUUCUCUUCAGCCUUCACUGCACGCAUAUCCUCGAGUACGCACGACUGCAGAAAGACCAAGAACAACGACGGUCAAGCCAGACUGCAGCGAUGCCGGCGAUACGUGACCAUUCCACUGUCUGAGAACUCCCGACCUGCGUCGAAGGCACACUUCGGCCGUCAAGCCAGACGGUACACACUUCCGCCGACUAAAUCAGAGCCAUCAUGUUUCACCGCCGUGGCACCUAUUUGCAACGCUUGUCCAAGUUGUACUCGGACACGAAGCAGUCCUGUGAGAGCGCUAAGGCUACUGCCACUGUGACCGACCUGCCAGAAGUCCGCGACUUACGGCGCGAUUUCCAGAUUCAGCAGGAUAGGUUGCUGGCAUGGGGCAUGCACUGGACCGAUGUGGGCGCUCCCUACUCCGGCAAUGGCGACGUCGACAUCGACAAAAAGAUUGACCAGGCUGGAUUGGGCGAGGUGGUGGCCAGCGUCAUGUCCGAGAUCAAGCGAUUGCUGGAAGAAAGUGGCCGACUCGAACACCCUGAACGGUAUGAAAUGAAGCAGACGGCGAAAACGAUGCGGGGACCCGGUUCGAGUCCAGUCGUGCCGCGCAAGGACUGGACAGCCUACGAGGUCAAGACUGGAAGAGCUCUGCUUGACCAGCUGACCUCUUGUAUCGAUCUUCUCUACAGUCUGGAGGAAUCAAGGAUGGCGGACGAAAAGGGCGACGCCAAACGAGUCAAGCAUGGACACGACUCUCCUGAGAAGACAGCCCACGGCCAACUAUUCGAACACCCCCUCCAUAUCGACUUUGCGAAUCUGGACUUCAGUCCGUAUUCCCUUCAAACAGCUGAUCCACCGCCGUACGAUCCUGCCGAGGGAGGUUCGGUGACAUCUACGGAAAGAUCCAUCGCCUACUGUCGCUCGGCUGGUCAACAUGUCCUCGUGGACUACCUAUCAGCCGACUGCCCGUUCUACGUUGUCGGGAGUGCCGACGACGUGUUUGAGAUCAACGAGCUCGGGGAGAAACUUUGCAAGAACCGUUCCCUCUCGUGGUGCGGGCAUCUCAGGCUCCUCGGAUUUACCGUCGAUCCCAAUGGACCACGAUACGGGAUGGUCUAUGCUUUGCCUGAUGGACAUGAUCACGCAAGCCUACAGCAACAUCGGACACUGGCGUCGUUGAUAGCGGCCAGCAACAACCAAGAGACAUCACAGCCGGCUUUAGAGGACAGAUUUCGUCUCGCAUACAACCUGGUUCUGUCUAUCCUCGGAUAUUUCUCUCACGGCGAGACACACCAGUAUCUCAACAGCAGCAACGUCUUACUUAUCGGAUCGAGUGAGCACUUGCACCGCUCGGAUCCGCCAAAGGAAUUAAGGCAACCCUACCUCCUGCAGUCAUGUCAGGACUUCCUUUCACGGUCUCAAUCCGAGGCGCCGUUUGCCGUUCAGAUCUACCGCCACCCAAAUCAUGACAGCCAUGCUCCUGAAGUCGUCCCUGCCUACGACAUAUAUAGCUUGGGCUUGUUGCUACUGGAGAUAGGGCUGUGGAUUCCCCUUUCAAAACUGUGGAAGCCCAAGUAUGACCGCAAGAUUUUCAUGAGCAGAGUUCAACAGAUAUACUCUCACAAGCUUGCACCAAAGUGCGGCAGCAAGUACAUGCGCGUUGUGCAGAAAUGUCUACAAGCGCCUUCGGAAUUGAAAUUCAGAAACAACUACGAAGAUGCCGGCGCGCUGAUGCUUCAAAUAGCAAAGGACCUACAGCAAUGCUGCGUAUUGGACGAGGCAGGACCACCUCCAGCUUCGGACAUUGAGGUCUUCGAGCUCCUCAUCAUCGAGCAGAUGUGCAAGGCAGAGGCGAGAGCGGCUGAAGAUAGCCAGAAGGCCAUGUUGCAGGGCGACGUUGUCAACCCUGAACCGCCUUCGAGGGCAAUUUCGAAACGCAAGGCCAUAGCCAUUCAGGAAUCCCAACCAGCCGAGCAAGCAAAAUUACGAAAAUGGUCAGAGGUUGAUAUCCCUCAGGAAGAUUUGGAUCAAUGGAAUACCUUGGUAAUGCCGAAGUUGGGCAAAAUCCUGGAGUCGGCACUCAGGGAUUCGCCGGAAUCGUGCAGUCUUAGUCUGAUGAUGUUUGGCUCUGCGCCGGAGAAUGCAAAGACCACCAUCUGUGUGCAAUGUGCACAGAUCAACAAGGUCCGCGACGUACUGAGGAAACGCUUCAGACCCAAAAAGGGCUGGGGCGUCGUCAUCCUCAAUGGUGAGAUUCGACGGAGUGGUAGAAGAAAGCAGCCGAAACGGGCGGGAUACAGCUCAACUCGCACGGGGCGCCGAGCAGCGGCACGAAAACCGCGAGAACAGAAAUACCAAGAACGCCCGACGAAUGGAGCGAGUAUCGGCGCGUUCAAAGACAAUGAACACCUGCCUCCAGUGUCUUUCGGUGGCACUAUUCUAGUCGACGGGGAAGCCUUCGGAAUGACAGUCCAUCACAUGCUAGAUCCCCCGAGCGACGAUGAUGACGAUGAAGAAGCAGCAAAUGAGAGGGCUAUCACUGGUGAACGACCGCAAAGGUCUGCCGCGCCUCGCAUGAUGUCCAUGCCAGGACAAUUCGACAGUGUCGCUGCCGACGUGCGAUGGAUGCAGUCUGACGAAGAGGAUAUCUCACGGUUGUCCGAUUUCGAGAUUUCGGACGACGAGUUUGAAGGCAGUGACGAGGGCAGCGAUGCCAGCACUAUCCGUCCAGACUAUGCGAUCAUGGAUGCCGACGGGAACGAGUUCUGGUUUCUUGAGGAUUCAUCGCUUCCUGAACUUGAUGAAGACGUUGGUUCUGACGGUGACGAGGCGUCUUCAUCGUCCUCCGACGAUAUCGAUGAUGCUGCCUCCAUAGGGGACAAGAUUGGGAUCGCGCCAUACUCGGACGACGACCUGACAGUCACUCAGCCCGCUCUCGACGACGUUGAUGACGAUUUCUUCCCCAAUGAAGAAGACCGCGACGACGACCAUCUCGCCAGCCAUUCGUUCGGCUACGUGUUCGCUAGCAGCGGCAUUCGUCGAGUCGUUAGAGGCGACUUGAAGCACGAAGUGGACUGGGCUCUCAUCCGAAUCAACGAGGACCGGUUGCGCGCCGAGAACCAGAUGGUCGAGCACAUGCAGCCGUGCGAAAUGUCCGCGGCCAAAGCUCAGGCUCGACAGAACCUCGUCACUGGGCUGCAGUCUCGGUCGUCGAACCCGAACUCACAAUACGACAAGAUGCUGCCUCCCUUGCCUUCUCCUCCUGUUCUCACGACCAUCACUCCUCUCACUAAGCUUUCUGGCCUCCAAGUCCACUGUCAUGGCCGGUCGUCCGGGUUCAAAAAGGGCCGCAUCUCCCAAGCCAUGGCGCUGGUCAAGAUGCACGGUCGCAAGUCGUUCUCUACGUCCUGGUGUGUCGAAGGUGGAUUUGGAAUCCCCGGCGACAGCGGCGCGUGGGUCUACGAUCCUUUGACCGGCGGUCUGUGUGGCCAUGUUCUCGCCUGGGGCGAUAAGAGCAAGACCGCUUACAUUGCGCCAAUGGAGGUGUUGUUCGAUGAUAUCCGAGGCCGGCUGGGUGCUCGGUGUGUAGAGUUGCCUGUUCCAGAAAAGAUCCGUCGGCGCGUUGACAAUACUACUGCUGCCGCUGCUGCUCCUUACUCUGGUAAGGACCAAUUCGGAGCUGUUGGUAGAGAAGUUAAUGGGGUGGAUGAUGGUGUGGCAAUCGCCCGAAAGCUGCAAGGGCUGAGCAUCACCACCGGUCCCACUGUUGGUGGUGGUGGUGGUGGUGGUGGUGGUGGUGGAGGUUGUGAAAACCCCCCUCAGCAUACAGGUUCCGGUCUCCUCUCCAACAGAGAAGCAAACAUGACCGCAAACACCUCGAAUCUCAAAAAGAAACAAGAGGUCGUGGGUGUAAGGCAGCUCGUGGUCGCUGCUGGUGUUUCUUGACAUUGCGAUAUAUUUGACAUUGGUGUUGGCGUGGAUAUUGUUCGAUACCACGACUGACUUACAGUACCCUGGAAGUUUUGGUUGCCAAGUGGGUGGACUUGAGCAUUCUACAGUGCAUAUAGCGUACCAUGAUACCAAUCUUGUUGAUAUUGGAUUCUACCUACCUUAAAUGAUUGCCUGGUAGCAUUGAUAUAAUUGAUACAGUAACUUAAAGUUGCUACCAUGCAGACCCCGGGUGUUACUCUGACAGUCAUUGUCACUGCCUUA